CCCCCUCCGACGCCACCGAGGUAGCGGCUUCACCUUUAAGGCGGCGCUGGGGCUGCUGGGAAGGCCGGCGGGAUGGAGGCGGCGGGACCAGCUCGCGGCUGCGGGUCCGGGUGAAGCGGGAGGCAGCCAGAGCCGGAGCCGGGCCCGAGCACCAAGCGCAGACCCGGCGCCCGCCUGCCCGCACCCUCGUCCUCACAGACGCCACAACCAUGGCCAUGAUGGUGCUUCCGCGGGAGGAGAAGCUGAGCCAGGAUGAGAUCGUGCUGGGCACCAAGGCCGUCAUCCAGGGACUGGAGACUCUGCGUGGGGAGCAUCGUGCCCUGCUGGCUCCUCUGGUUGCGCCUGAGGCCGGCGAAGCCGAGCCUGGCUCGCAGGAGCGCUGCAUCCUCCUGCGUCGCUCCCUGGAAGCCAUUGAGCUUGGGCUGGGGGAGGCCCAGGUGAUCUUGGCAUUGUCGAGCCACCUGGGGGCCGUAGAAUCAGAGAAGCAGAAGCUGCGGGCGCAGGUGCGGCGCCUGGUACAGGAGAACCAGUGGCUGCGUGAGGAGCUGGCGGGGACACAGCAGAAGCUGCAGCGCAGUGAGCAGGCCGUGGCCCAGCUCGAGGAGGAGAAGCAGCACCUGCUGUUCAUGAGCCAGAUCCGAAAGUUGGAUGAAGACACCUCCCCUAACGAGGAGAAGGGGGACGUCCCCAAAGACACACUGGAUGACCUGUUCCCCAAUGAGGAUGAGCAGAGCCCAGCCCCUAGCCCAGGAGGAGGGGAUGUGUCUGGUCAGCAUGGGGGCUACGAGAUCCCGGCCCGGCUCCGCACCCUGCACAACCUGGUGAUCCAAUACGCCUCACAGGGCCGCUACGAGGUAGCUGUGCCACUCUGCAAACAGGCACUCGAAGACCUGGAGAAGACGUCAGGCCACGACCACCCUGAUGUUGCCACCAUGCUGAACAUCCUGGCACUGGUCUAUCGGGAUCAGAACAAGUACAAGGAGGCUGCCCACCUGCUCAAUGAUGCUCUGGCCAUCCGGGAGAAAACACUGGGCAAGGACCACCCAGCUGUGGCUGCGACACUAAACAACCUGGCGGUCCUGUAUGGCAAGAGGGGCAAGUACAAGGAGGCUGAGCCGUUGUGCAAGCGGGCACUGGAGAUCCGGGAGAAGGUCCUGGGCAAGUUUCACCCAGAUGUGGCCAAGCAGCUCAGCAACCUGGCCCUGCUGUGCCAGAACCAGGGCAAAGCCGAGGAGGUGGAAUACUACUAUCGGCGGGCGCUGGAGAUCUAUGCUACACGCCUCGGGCCCGAUGACCCCAAUGUGGCCAAGACCAAGAACAACCUGGCUUCCUGCUACCUGAAGCAGGGCAAGUACCAGGAUGCAGAGACCCUGUACAAGGAGAUCCUCACCCGCGCUCAUGAGAAAGAGUUUGGCUCUGUCAAUGGGGACAACAAGCCCAUCUGGAUGCAUGCAGAGGAGCGGGAGGAAAGCAAGGAUAAGCGCCGGGACAGUGCCCCCUAUGGGGAAUACGGCAGCUGGUACAAGGCCUGUAAAGUAGACAGCCCGACAGUCAACACCACCCUGCGCAGCUUGGGGGCCCUGUACCGGCGCCAGGGCAAGCUGGAAGCCGCGCACACACUAGAGGACUGUGCCAGCCGUAACCGCAAGCAGGGUUUGGACCCUGCAAGCCAGACCAAGGUGGUGGAACUGCUGAAAGAUGGCAGUGGCGGGCGGGGAGACCGCCGCGGCAGCCGAGACGUGGCCGGGGGUGCCGGGCCUCGGUCUGAGUCUGACCUCGAGGAUGCGGGACCUACAGCUGAGUGGAAUGGGGAUGGCAGUGGCUCCUUGCGGCGCAGCGGCUCCUUUGGGAAACUCCGGGACGCCCUGAGGCGCAGCAGUGAGAUGCUGGUAAAGAAGCUGCAGGGGGGCAGCCCCCAGGAGCCCCCUAACCCCAGGAUGAAGCGGGCCAGUUCCCUCAACUUCCUCAACAAAAGCGUGGAAGAGCAGACCCAGGUAAGGGCAGGCGGGUGUCUGGGCACUGGGCAGCUGCGGCCGGGGCUGCAUGCGCGCUGCCAAGCUUCCCUCCAGCAUGCCUCUUCAUCCAGCAACAGUUCCUGGCUCUGUCUCAGGCCUACUUUGGGGUGGACAACGGGGAGACACAUGAGGGGAACCCAGCCUCUCCUGGGGGUGGACGUGUAAGUGAUCAGUGCUAACACAGUCACCGUGGAGAUGGGUGGGAGUGUCAGGGCACCAGGGCGUGGCCUUGGGUCAGAACUGCCAUUGCCUCUGCCCAGCUCAGGGACUCCGGCUGCCUCUGCCGGGUCAGGCCCCUUCAGGCCAGGGCAGCACAGACUGGCAGCAGCACAGGGCUGAGCCACCUGCCCCCUCUGCCCACAGCCUGGAGGCACAGGUCUCUCUGACAGCCGCACUCUCAGCUCCAGCUCCAUGGACCUCUCCCGACGAAGCUCCCUGGUGGGCUAAUGCUGAAGGGGCAGCCAGUCACCAGAGCGCCCACCUGGCACACCCCCCUCACCCCAGCCCUGCGCAUGGGCCUGCUGCUUGUCCCACCUGUCUCUCCCACAGCCCCUGUCUUUUCUGUUCAAUCUCAGGGUAACCUUCUCCCUUGUCAUCUCAGCCUGAGCCCUGGAGGCUGGGCCUGCCCACUCCAGCUCGAUCCCUUAUUUAUUCCUUCCAGCAGGGCCCUCUUCCCUAGGUUCGGGGCCAGCAGGAGGUGCCGGCUGGAGUCUCCACCAUAGACUCAGUGGCCUGGCCUCCCCGACCCAAGAACACUAAGCACUCGCCGGCCCUUCGGCACCCUCGCCCUCCCUCCCGACUCAACCCGGCCGUUGCUUCUGUAUAUAGAGAAAUAAGUUAUUGGCCGCGCCCCUCCCUUCAGUCCACGGUACUACCCGGGCCCCCUCGUCCCUCUUCUAGUGGUACCGCCCAGGCCUUAAUCACCCCCAUUCCGUGCGGUGGUAUCUCCCAGGCUCCACAUUCUUGGGAGCGGCGCCUCCCAAGGGGGUCCUGGGACCUUCUCGCGCUCCUCCUGGCCUCUGAGGGAUGCGUCCUACCCCCGCCAUCGCCCCGUGCCCCAGGACGGGGGCCUUCCCUUAGUCCGUCCUCCCACCGCCGGGCCCUGCCCCGCAUCCCGGCCUUAUGCACUGCCCCUCCCACCCGCCCCCGCCCAGGCACGGCCCGACCCCGCCCCGGGCGCCGCCCACCGAGCCAUCCUGCCACGCCUCCUCCCACGCCUGCUGCUUCUCGCGAGGGGCGGCGACGGUCCCCUGGUGGCAGGAGGGGCUCCCCCUGUUGCGGGUGAGGCGGCUGCUAUUUUCAGAUGUUGCUGUAGUAAUAAAGACGGUUUGAAUCUGA